AUGUUCUUGGAUGAAGAACAGGAGUCUGAGUAUUCACCAGUCUCUAGGGAGAUGCUUAUGCUUAACGUGGAGGUCGUUGUUACUAUUUGGAGUCUGAAUCACAGGGAAGAUGGUUUAGGAAAUAUUAUGAUCGCUGACUCACUCAGAGCGUUUGCAGGCCUCGUUUUGGCAGGGGAAAAUGGGUUUCAAAAAGAGAUUCCAGGAGCCGAGCUUCACAGUUGUACCACACACUUGACAGAAUCCGAAGAACAUGAUUUCUUAUGGCACAAGAGGUCCCAAGACCAUGCUGACACUCAAGAAUUUGCUGCAAUGGUCAGGAAACCCAGCAAAGCUAUUGCAUAUAUCAUGGAUGAUGAGAUAAAGAAUAGAACUGUCAACAAGGCAGCUACAGAGACAGAUAAAGCCAACGAAGAGAAUCUCUUCGCAUUCUUUGACAUGGCCUACCAAGGCUUUGCCAGCGGUGAUCGUGAUAAGGACGCCUGGGCCGUGCGGCACUUCAUCGAGCAGGGCAUCAAUGUCUGCCUCUGCCAACCGUAUGCCAAGAACAUGGGCCUGUACGGUGAGUGUGUGGGAGCCUUCACCGUGGUCUGCAAAGAUGCGGAAGAAGCCAAAAGGGUGGAGUCACAGCUGAAGAUCCUGAUCCGCCCUUUGUAUUCCAACCUACCUCUCAAUGGAGCCCAGAUCGCUGCAACCAUCCUGACUUCUCCAGACUUGCGGAAGCAAUGGUUGCAAGAGGUGAAAGGCAUGGCUGACCGCAUCAUCAGCAUGAGGACCCAGUUGGUCUCCAACCUGAAGAAAGAGGGCUCAUCCCACAACUGGCAGCACAUCACCGACCAGAUGGGCAUGUUAUGCUUCACCGGCCUAAAGCCUGAGCAGGUGGAGCGGCUGACCAAGGAAUUCUCAGUCUACAUGACAAAGGAUGGCCGAAUCUCCAUGGCAAGAGUCACCUCUGGCAAUGUGGGCUACCUCGCCCAUGCCAUUCACCAGGUCACCAAGUAAUCACCAGAUGCAAGGAAA